AUGAGGAUUUUAUUCUUGUUUCUAACUGUUUCUUUUACGGCAGUAGUCGCAGAAAACUACAACAAGACGAAAAUCCAUUACACUUUAGGAUCCGCCUAUAAAAAAUGUCGGCAGGCAAAAAAUCCAGGAAUGGUAGCAUUCGUGGUGAAAGAUGGACAGGUAGUGUUUUCAGAAGCAUUUGGUGUAAAGAAUCUCGAAACCAACCAACCGAUGACCACCAGUGCACAGUUUGGAAUCGGGUCACUGACCAAGAUCUUCGCCAACUUGCUAAUCCAGAAGUACUUCGGCGAGGAUUCCAGAUAUAGCCUGAUUACAACAUUGAGGCUUCUUUUCGGUAAAAAUAACUUAUUCGAAAAUUCCGAACUGCGUACACACUUUUCGAACACGCUCGAUUUGAUGGCUCACAGAAUGGGGUUCCGAAGUCACAAUUACCUACGACUGGACGAUUCGCUGCACCGGGGGAACGUUUUAGACCGGAUACGAAAAUUCCAUCCUCGUGGAGGAUUCCGGGAUAGCUUUUACUACAAUAACGUACUGUACGGACUUCUGACUGAUAUUGGUGAACGGCUCGGUGGAAAGUCCUGGGAAGAACUAGUCCAACAAGAGUUCUACAGUCCCACUGGAAUGAACAACUCCUCUUUCUUUACGACACUAGAUCCAAACUCAAUAAAUAUCGCCACGGGAUACAAAGAUGACAAUGGCGAUCUUUACCCGACAUCAUUUGAGUUGCUAAGGAAAUGGACGGAACUAUGUGGUGCUGCAUGUAUUACAACCAGCGCAGACGACAUGGGUCAAUUCAUGAAACUCCUGUUGAAUGAUGGCGUCACGGAGUCCGGCAAACGGCUGGUCGGACAUGAGGAAAUGAAGGACAUGUUCCGGUCUUGGAACAUCCCACGUUCAUCAAAGCUUGAUAAAUACUUCUCUGUUAUAAAGGGAGUGCCGUUUUCAAGAGAGUACACUGGAUAUGCUCUGGGAUUGAAGACAGGUUUCUAUAGAGAUCGCAGAAUACUUGAGGAAACGGGCGACAUAUUUGGAUACAGUUCUAUACUCACACUCUUUCCAGACGAAAACCUCGGAAUCUUCGUCGCCAUGUCGGGCGAAGAUGACGAUGAAUUGUUCCGAAUUACAGCUAGCUCUUACAUGGCUGACGUCGUGAAUGGUCAAGAGCCAUGGUUGAACGCCUCUUCUUUGUGUACUUUCCCAGAACCGUUCAUGAAACCAAAAACUAAAAAAGGAAAACGUGCAAUCAAAGAAGUUUCACUCGGUCGACCGGCAAAUGACUUCGCUGGAAUAUAUCGCAACGACUUGUAUGGGGACAUAGCAAUCGCAGAAAAUAACGGCUCACUUCAGUUACAAUAUGGAUACGUGGUAUUUGACUUAAUUAGGAGAGGUUCUAAGUCUUAUAGAUUUUACAUGAUAAGUACAGGAAUUGCAGCACAUGCUUUUAAAAGACGAUCUCUAGAAUUUAAAGCCAGUGACCCGGAGAAACCAAACUCUAUCGACAUUGCCAGUCUCCCACAUUUUGAGGACAGUGACUUCAUACGACAACCACACCUCACUGUUGCAAAGGUUGUGGAAGAUAAAACAACCAGAGAAGGGAUUCUGGACAGCACUCUAAGGACCACCUUUAAAUCUUGUCGGUGGAACCAGAACCCCAGCAUGGCGGUAACCGUGGUCAAGGACGGGAAACAAGUCUUCUCCCAGGCGUACGGCCACAAAGACAUUGAAUCCAGGGAACCAGUAAUCAACACAACCAUGUUCGGAAUAGGGUCACUGACCAAAGUAUUCGCCAACCUCCUUGUUCAAAAGUUUAUGAGCAACUUUUCUAGGUACGACAUGAACACCACUCUCCGGCACCUGUUCGGCAACAAGGAGAUGUUCAAGCACUCCUUCCUGUUGUCCCAGUUCGUGAACACCCUGGAUCUGAUGUCUCACAGAACCGGACUUCCGGCCUACAACUACCUCCGGCUGGACGAUAAACUCCGGCGAGACAACAUAAUGGAACGAAUUCAACUUCUUAAGGAGGGGGGUGGAUUUCGGGAGCAGUUUAAAGUAAACAACCUUAUGUAUGGUAUCAUCACUUUCAUGGCCGAAAGAAUUGGCGGAAGUUCAUGGGAGAAGUUGAUCAAAAAGGAAUUGUUAGAUCCAAUUGGAAUGAACAAUACGUCAUUUUUUACACUGCUAGAACCAAUGGCUGAAAACAUCGCAACAGGCUACAUACAGGAUGAGGGUGUGUUGCGGCCAGUGUCCUUUGAAUUUCUACGACGGUGGACUGAAUUGUGUGGUGCGGCAUGUAUAAUAGCUAGCGCUGACGACAUGGCAAAAUUUAUGAACUUCUUGUUGAACGGUGGAAAGACGGAAUCGGGCCUCAGGCUGGUGGACGAAGAAAAGAUAAAAGAGCUUUUCUUGCCAUGGAUACACCUACAGAAGUCGGAUAUACAGGAAUAUUUCGAAAAGUCCCGAGGUGUUCCAUUCUCCAGAAAGUAUUACGGAUAUGGCUUAGGAUUCAAUAUUGGAACGUAUCGAGAUCAUCGUAUCCUAGAAGAAACGGGAAACAUUUUCGGUUAUCGUUCUUUGAUGACUCUUUUUCCUGAUAAAAACCUGGGUAUAUUUAUUUCCACGACGGGUGAAGACGACGACGAAUUGUUCCGUAUUUCCGUCAGUUCCUACAUUGCUGACCUUUACAACGAGGAAGAACCGUGGCUCAAUUCCACCCUACUGUGUAGCUUUCCCCGGCCCUUUAUGGCUCACUCCCCAAAAAGACGUUCACGUUACCUCCCAAGCGAUGUUCCUCUAGGUCGGCCGAUAGGGGACUAUACAGGAACAUAUCAUGACGAAGUAUUCCGUGACAUUACGGUCACAACAGAAAAUAACCAAUUAAAAUUGACUUACGGUUACGUGACAUUUGAAUUACGAAAAAGGGCGGGAAAAUCUGAAAAAUUCUAUAUGAUAGCAGAAGGAUCGGCUCAAUAUGCUCUAAAACCAAGGACAGUGGAAUUCCGGGAAACCGAUGCCAACAGAACAGGGUACAUUAACGUACUCUUUAUUAAGAGCUUUGAGGAUAGUGAAUUCUUUAAAGUACCGGAAAUUGAUACGACGUCCAUUGGAAUAUGGCGGUGAUGAAAUUUUUCAAUGACAUUACAUGUGAUUCUUUUGUCAUAUUUCGUCAACACCUUAAAGCAUUCAAUUUUAUAUGCAUAUAUAAAUUCAAAUUGUUUUUAUCACGGUUGAAGAUAAACAAAAACUAUGAGCAGGUUAACUUAGGUAGUGUGAAAAUCAUAAACAUUUUCAUGAUAUGUUAGAUAUUUUAUAUGUUUUAAGAGGAUAUAGCAUAGGCUAUUACAAUUCAAUUUCUUUUAAUUAUUUACUGAUUUUGCAUUUAUUUGCCCCCCCCCCCCAAAAAAAAAAAAAAAUUCCUCCUCCAACACCCUCUGAACAUUUAUUUACUUAUCAGACUCGAGUCCAUUUCAAAAGACAUAUAUCACACAAAUGUAUAUACAUGUAAAGUUGGUGUAUUUUGUAUAGAAGAGUUAUACAUGCGUUUUAAUAAAUACCCUAAAUUACAACUUUCUGUGAAUAAUAAUUAUUCUAGAUCUUCUUGUUUGCCAGACAUACUCAUUAUAUUACAAGCUACCUUUAA